AUUAGAUUAGAUUUUUUUUUUUUUUUUUUUUUUUUGCCCAAACUACUUUUCCCGAGUUUCUACAAUGAAUUAAAUACAUUUUCUUUCAUAUUUUAAUAUUGCUUAUUUAGAAACAUACUUUUUAUAAACAAGUAAUGGAGGACUUUUUUUUUUUUUUUUUUUUGCCCAAGGUAAACUGUGGUGUGCAGAUUUCGAAGGAUCGUAUUUUGCAGCUUGACUGACAUUUCUGUCAAGAGAAGAUACAUCUAAGGUCGCAAAAUGUGUGACCCCCGAAGAAAGGACCACAAGCAGGGGACGGAUGUCCCCUUGAAAUGUAGACAAUAUUGUGACCGCAACGAUGACAGAGUAAUCAAGGACGUCCCUUCAAGAUCAGAAGGCAACAUUUUUAAUGAUGACCACGAUGACCAUGGAUGUCCAUCUCACAGAGAUAAAAGCUCUCAGUUUCUCUUUGAGCAUCCCAAGCCAAGCCCUUGCCAUGCAACGUUAUCCACUGCUGCCUGUUCGGCUUUCUCGUAUUCCUCCUCCUCCUCCUCAUCUUCGUCAUCCUUCUCUUCCUUUUUUUCUUCCUCCUCUUCGGCUUCUUCUUCCAGCGUGAAUUCCAACACCAGUAGUGAGUGUAGGGUCAGGUGUGCCUUUAAAAAGCCCUGGUAUUCCCAGUCUUGUACUGAUAUUUCGGAGAAACGCGGGUACUUUGAAGAAGAUUGUGACACGGCCCCUUUGAUAGAAAUGAAGGGUUCUAAGAGAGGCUCUGCCAAAAAUAAAUUAGCCACACAAAGCCCCGUCCAGGAAUGUCUUCCCAAAACACGGACAAUUACCAGCGGUUCGAAAACCGAUGGAAACGUUCGCAAAUCCAAGUCAAUGGAGGCUCUGGUCAGGCCAAAGGACAAGGGUGGGCACGAGGAUGAGAAUGAACAAGGAAUGAGAGAAAGCGACGCCAGAAAAGAGUUAGUCAAGGAAAAAAUGAAAUUCUCCGCUUUUCUCAAUGAAAUCACUCGCCAGGUGCUCAGCCCUGUGAGACUCACGACUCUGGGAGUUAAAGACGCACAUCCAUCGUGCGGACCACCUCAGGCCUGUGGUCAAUCCGAAAAGAGUGAAAAAAGGCAGAGGAGUCAGUCCGCAAGUGCAGACUCACCUGCCUCCAAUCAGAACGUACGUUCCAGGAAGCAGCCUUCCGUAAAUCAGCCUCCUUCAAAAUCCUUUCACCAGAACCCGAUGCACAAUCCGGCACACUCAGCCGCUUUGAGUGUUUCUCCCAGGACAGGGAGCAGCACUGACGUAAGGUGUUUGAAAAGCCCACAGGCGCAUCGGCAUCAAAAACACUACAACCACCAGCAUAAAGGAGAACACGCUUUCACUCCCCACUGUCAUGAGUCCAGAAACUGUAACAGCCAAUGUCAUCAUCCUCAUCAUCAUCAUCAUCAUCAUCAGACCCAUAACUCUGCUUAUCACCCUGAGGACCUCCACAACACGUUUCCCAACGGCAGAGGCCACAACAAGCUCCAUCCCCAUGGAGACCAUCCCCAGGAAGAGCACCAUCUUAGACACCAUCGUCAUGGAGGGCAUCACCAUGGAGACCCUCAUCAUAGAGACCACGAACAGGGUGGUUAUUGCUACGCAGACCAUCAUCGCAGGCGACAUUGCAGCGAGACAGGAGACAGCAGUGGUCCAACUCCACCGUUCGGACAUUGUCGCCGUCGUUGCCAUAAGAACCAUCGUAGCGAUGAUUACCACAUGGAUUGUGGAGAUGAGCAUGGUCCUGCUCUUCACCACGGCGGCAACAGUGUCGCCAAUGACUCCGACUGUACAACUCGUCGUCGCGAUGGCCGCUAUUCAAGUACCAAGGAAGAUCGCGCUUUACGUUUGCUUGGAGACCAUGAUUCCGAAAGUCAAAUUUCAAGCGAACGUGAAGCCGAUAGACCGGGUCAUAUUAGAGACCAUCAUUUGGAUCAUCACAGUUCCAGUGACCGGGAUGGCUACCAAAGGUCAGGCUAUCAACGUUGCCGUCAUAACAGCUACAGCGACAGUCAUCAUCACCACCAUCGCCAUCAACACGGAAACUAUGGCUGUUCAGACCAUCAGCUGAACCAUGACGACUGCAUUAGCCGAGCGCAUCGCCAUUACCGUAAAAACACCAUUAAAUCUCCGCCACAACAUCAUCAUCAUCAUCAUCAUCAUGACCGCCGACAUCAAAGUGAAGCCUAUUCCCAUCACCAUGUCAAUCACCACUACGGCAAACCUCAUCCCUAUCACCAUGGCAACCAACCCCACAGUGAAUCUCAUCAGCGUCAUUACGCGUCGCCAUGCGUUGAGCACCGUCAAAAAGUGCAUGCUCUCGGAUUACAGGACAACGCCGAUGCCCGUGGCCGUCGCAGUCCUUUCAGUUGUAGCUCACCUGCGCAUGGGAAGUUAGAGACUGAAUCAGCCAUGACUACCAGGAGCCCUUCCAGUCAUGAUGUGGAGCAGAUGAGUUUCCUGGACUCAUCAUCAAUACAUAAAGAAGAAACCCAUGAGACGGGUAGAAUCAUGUAAGUAUACCUGUGAUACUACCAUGCAGAGUCCAGGUCAUACGACGUUACAGCGUCUCUCAUCCAAGUGUGCUGAAUCUUGUGCACAUUCU